CGGCGGUGACGCGGGCGGGCUGCGAGCGGCGGCGCCGCGGGGAUGGCGGUGGCGAGGGGGUUAACGUGGGGGGGGGGCCGCGGCCGCUCCGUAGCCCCCUGAGAGCCCCCCGCUCGGCGCCGAGCCCUCAGCCCUCCCCGCGGGCGGGCGGGCCGGCUCCGUCCCGGCCCCGCAGUCGCCAUAGAGACCGCGCCGCACGCCAUGGGGCGGAGGCUGGCCCGGGGGCCGCUGUAGCGCUGCCGUCCCCCCACCCCCGGCGCCUCGCAGCCCUUCCCGGGGGCCGCCGGGCUCCCCAGGGACCCGCCACCGCCUGCCUCGGCGCCGUUCCAGGCAGUGGUUAAAUGGAAGCCACUCCUGGGAUCUGGAUGGUUUUUGCUGACCCAGACUUCGCAUAGCAGUUCGCGCGCAUCAGGAGGUUGCAAUGAGUGGAGGAGGGGAGCAGCCUGACAUCCUCAGUGUGGGAAUCUUGGUCAAAGAAAGAUGGAAGGUGUUAAGGAAAAUAGGAGGUGGAGGAUUCGGAGAAAUUUACGAUGCGCUGGACUUGCUUACUCGGGAAAAUGUUGCAUUGAAGGUCGAGUCAGCUCAGCAGCCAAAGCAAGUACUGAAAAUGGAAGUAGCUGUGUUGAAGAAAUUGCAAGGAAAAGAUCAUGUCUGUAGAUUCAUUGGAUGUGGAAGGAAUGACAGAUUUAACUAUGUGGUCAUGCAGUUGCAGGGUCGGAAUUUGGCAGACCUGCGUCGGAGCCAGUCUCGAGGAACGUUCACGAUAAGUACCACUCUGCGCCUUGGGAAGCAGAUUUUGGAAUCUAUUGAAAGUAUUCACUCUGUGGGAUUCCUGCACAGGGACAUAAAGCCGUCUAACUUCGCUAUGGGACGUUUUCCUAGCACCUGUAGGAAGUGUUAUAUGCUGGAUUUUGGCUUGGCACGGCAAUUUACCAACUCAUGUGGGGAUGUCAGACCACCACGAGCUGUCGCUGGUUUUCGAGGAACAGUACGAUACGCAUCAAUCAAUGCUCAUAGGAACAGAGAAAUGGGCCGGCAUGAUGACCUCUGGUCCCUGUUUUACAUGUUGGUGGAGUUUGUGGUUGGGCAACUGCCUUGGAGAAAAAUAAAAGAUAAGGAGCAAGUGGGCUCCAUUAAAGAGAGAUAUGAGCACAGACUUAUGUUGAAACAUCUUCCUCAAGAAUUCAACGUCUUUCUGGACCACAUUUCUAAUUUAGAUUACUUUACAAAACCUGAUUACCAGCUUCUUAUGUCUGUGUUUGACAACAGUAUGAAAACAUUUGGGGUUAUUGAAAGUGACCCUUUUGACUGGGAGAAGAGUGGAACUGAUGGUUCUCUGACAACAACAACAACUUCAACCACACCUCAGUUACACACUCGUCUUACUCCAGCUGCAAUUGGAAUUGCCAAUGCCACUCCUAUCCCAGGAGACUUGCUGCGAGAAAACACAGAUGAAGUGUUCCCUGAUGAACAACUUAGUGAUGGAGAGAAUGGUAUUCCGGUUGGUGUCUCACCAGAGAAAAUACCAGGAUCCCCUGGCCAUCAACGUCCUCAGGAAAAAGAUGUUUGGGAAGAAAUGGAUGCAAACAGAAACAAAAUAAAACUGGGGAUUAAUAAGGCUGCCACAGAGGAAGAAAACAGCCAUGGACCAGUGAAUGGAAUGCUUAAUGCUCCAAGUCUCGGUUCUCCAAUUCGUGUCCGCUCAGAGACUACCCAGCUAGACAGAGAUGUCCCAUUAGUUCGAAAGUUGCGCUCAAUUCACAGCUUUGAACUGGAGAAGCGUCUGACGUUGGAGUCAAAGCCAGACACUGAUAAAUUUCUUGAGACCUGUUUGGAGAAGAUGCAGAAAGGCUUGAAUGCUGCGCCAGAGACUGUGGUUGCUGCUGUUCCCCCUCUUUCUCAGAAAACACCCAAUCCUGCUCCUGUGACUGCACGCAUGGACCAUGUUUGGCACUAUGAUGAAGAAUAUCUUCCAGAUGCUUCAAAGCCUGUGUCAGCUAGUUCUCCAGAACAGGCUGAUGGUGUUGUUAGCAGUGGAUUUGUAGCUGUCAACUUAAGCUCCUGCAGGCAGGAGGUUGAUUCUAAAGAGUGGGUGAUAAUAGAUAAGGAACGGGACUUGCAGGAUUUCAGGACAAAUGAAGCUUUAGGGCACAAAACAACUGGAAGUCCCUCAGAUGAAGAGCCAGAGGUACUACAAGUUCUAGAGGAUUCCCCUCCAGAAGAGCAGCCCAGACAGGGUGGUUGGGCAGGAAACAGUGUCCAUGCCAAGAACCAAACCUCAGGGGUGGAGUUUGUUCUAGCCAUGGAGUGUCAUCCUGCCGCUUCCGAACAGCUUACAGAUAAACUGGAACUUCUGACUGGAGCUGCUGGACAACUUCUUGCAGCCACCCCUACAAGUCCUAUGGAAGCUCAAGCAGAAGGAGCACUCACUCCGCUCAACUCAUCUCACAUGCUGCAUUUCUCCACUCCAAGAAUUUCAAGUCCCAUCCUCCGCACCAUGAGCCCUAUAGCCUAUCUAUCCAUCCACUCGGACCCUCUGAAAGAGGCUGGUUUACCAAGGAGUCAAUCAGCUGAGAGCCACUCCUCUUCCUCACGCUCAACUGGUCGUAGGCAGCUUCCUGUCAUUCCCUGUGGCAACAAGUUUCCCCCUGUCAUUCGCAUCUCAAAAGCACAACUUCAGCAGGUAACAAUACCCAGGCCCUCGGUGGCAUCCACACAGUCUGCUUCAGAGAGUUUUCAGUAUGGCCACCAGCUAGAGAAAAGAGAACAUGAUGUGCAAUCUAUGGAACACACAGUGGAACUCCCGUCUCCAAAAGAAGGCUUGCCAGGUUUGGUUGUGACAGAUGAUGCACUUCCAGGUAGUACCAGCACACCAGACUUGGUACUUCAUAUCAGCCAAGAAGAGCUUGAAAGGGAAGGACAUGUCAAAGAAUAUGUCAAUGUCCCGGACAGUGGCCAAAAGGACCUACCAGAACAACAUAGCGGGAGACAGGAAGAGAAAGAACUUGAAAAUCUUCCUGUAGAGACUGAGGAAGAACAGCUCCCAGUAGUUUCUGAGGACGUCAUUGAAAUGCAAAGCAAAGAACAGAAUUCUUUGCCACGAAAUUCAAAAUCUGCAGAGGAAGAACUUCUUACUAAUACUGAAGCUGCUGAAGAAUCAAAGCCAAGGCCUGUCUGCUUGGUGCCAAAUCAAGAUGAAGUUCUGAAGUCAAUAACACCUGAAACACCAGAAUUUUCACCCUCAAGACUUAUCAACUCACAUAGUAAUAGACAGGCAAGCAAAAUAGCACCAGUUCAGGAAAAUGGUUUUCAUUCUAAUGAGGAAGAAGUCCAUAUCCAAGACUUGCAAUGCCACCAAGUGGCCCUUACUACUUUUUUGCACCAGGAGGACAAGAAAGAGAAAAAUACUCCCAGAAAUGGAGAGUUAUUCCACUGCAUUUCAACGAAUGAGAAUUCUCAUCGAUCUAAGAAGGACUUGGUUAAACCUCCUUUUGUAUUCAGGCAGAGCCGAAUCCCAGUUUUAGCACAAGAGAUAGACUCAACAUCAGAUUCCUCUUCUCCUGUUUCAGCAAAGGAAAAGCUUCUGCUAAAAAAGGCCCAUCAGACAGACUUGGUCAGACUGCUUGUGGAAAAGAGACAGCUCAAAUCUUUCCUUGGUGACCUCUCAAGUGCCUCUGAUAAGUCACUGGAGGAAAAAAUGGCUGCUGCUCCAGUACCAUUUUCUGAGGAUGAUGUAUUAUCCUCGUUUUCUAAAUUGACACUGGACUCUCAUUUCAGCAAGCAGAUGGAAGACAGUUCUUUAUCUCCAAGUAGCCCUCAGUCUAGAAAAAGCAAGAUACCCAGACCAGUGUCCUGGACUACCACUGAUCAAGUCACCAGUUCAAGUUCAGCUCAGUUCUUUCCUCGGCCACCACCAGGAAAACCGCCUACUAGGCCUGGGGUAGAAGCUAGGUUACGCAGAUACAGAGUCCUAGGGAGUAGCAGCUCGGACUCAGAUCUUAUCUCUCGUCUGGCUCAAAUCCUACAGAAUGGAUCUCAAAGACCAAGGAGUUCUACCCAGUGUAAGAGUCCAGGAUCUCCACAUAGUCCAAAAACACCACCCAAAAGCCCUGUCAUCCCCCGACGCAGUCCCAGUGCCUCCCCAAGGAGCUCUUCCUUACCCCGUACUGCCAGUUCUUCUCCAUCACGUGCUGGGAGAACCCAUCAUGAUCAGAGGAGUUCCUCCCCACAUCUUGGGAGGAGUAAAUCACCUCCUAGCCAUUCAGGAUCCUCAUCUUCUAGGAGAUCCUGCCAACAAGAGUACUGCUACAGCAAACCAAGCAAGAAUGGUCUGAAAGGAUCUGGUAGUUCCUUCCACCAUUCUCCAAACACUAAGACUCCCAUAGGAAAAAGCAAAUCAGCCACUAAGCUUAGCAGAUAGGAACUGGGCCUUGACAGGUAUAAAGCCGCCUCCUAAGUCUGAUGCAUGUUGUGUCUGUGUACUGUGUAUUUAAAAAAUAAUCAAAAAAAGUGUAUAAAAAAAACAGUGUUGAAUCUGCGCUUUUUAAAGAACGUAAGCAUCAUAAACUAUUCAUGAGAAAGCAUACUGUGUAAAUGAGUGGCCAGGCAUUGCCUAGGAGCAGGCAGCAAGCAGAUCUAGGAGAGGGGAGGUAGAGGCCAGAAAAAGAAUGACUAGGUAGUCAAAGAGGUGCAAUGUAUUUAAAGUCAAAAAUAUCUCCAAGAUGAGUGUUUUUAAAAGGGUAUUUAUUUCUAUGUUUUCAGUUUACCUAGCUUAGAAGAUUAGGCCUAAUCAUUUAGGGCCUGUCUCAAGAAGUAUGUAAGAAAAAGUGAAAACAAUUAUUCUGAAAAUCAUGUCACCACUUGGGAGAUAAGUACUGCUCAGACAUGUCUCUGUCGUUUUAAAAAAGCACACUGUUCAGAGGACAAUGAUAUAUUUACCAUAUGAGUCUCUUCGAUUUUGAGUUGUACACACCUGAGUCACUCAGUACUCAUCUUGUCCCCUGUCUACCAUAGCACAGAUUUGCUUACCUAAAGAAGUAUUGUGUAACUUGCCCCUUCUUGAUUCUGAUGACAUUUAAUAAUGAAUAUUAAUGGUUGCCAAGAUGUUUUUGUAGUGGUAUUCUGUAGAGAUUUGUUUAGUACUAAUUAGAAUUCAAGAAGAAUUCUUGGUUCCAUUUUGUAUACUUCUUCAGGAGACAUAGGGGGUUCUUGAAACCUCAGUAUGUGGAAUAGAAAACCAUUCUCGUCUAGGAGAUGAGAGAAAGAUGUGUGCAGUUCACCGAAUGUCACAGAUUUACAAUAAAUUGCAAUUAAUGUUAGAAAAGUUAGAAAACAGGAGUACCUGUUUUCCUUAACGGAACUGUAAAAAGAAUCCUUGUUACUAUUGGCUUUUUAUUUAUUUAUUUUUAUUUUUUUUUCCCCCAUUGGUUAUGGAUCACUGAAAUCACUGAUCUUACAUUGAGGAAACAAUUACCAACCAAGAUUUUUUUUUUCAUGCUCAUUCUUUUUGUGAAAACAUGGAAGGUGAACACCUUGGUAGCUUCUAGCUGACAGUAAUACACUGAACAACCUGAGCAAAGUCUUUGUAAGAGUAUUAAUCAGCAGAGCAAAAUAUACAGAAAGCAAUCAUAUUUUUGAUAUUGGAUUCUUGUCAUUCUUUUGCCCAAAUGGUUCUUUAUAGCCAAGCUUUGUUGUCUGCCAGUGAAGUCCAUUGUGUCUAAUUCCUCCUGCUUUUUUUAGUAGUUACUUAAUAAUCUCUUGUGGUCUACUGGAUCUCUGUAAAAAACAUAACGGUUCAGCACCUUUUGCUAUAUUCAAAAGAGAAUAGUGGGUUAGAACAGUAACACACAAGAAUGCAAGCUUAAAUAAGGUGCAGCCAGCUCUCCCUGGUUAUACCUGUUGUGGGGAUGCGGGAUGUGCAGAAGACUUGUCAGUUGCUGAUCUGCUUGUUGUAGUCAUAUACCUCUCCAGCCAGCAUCUGUGCUUUUUUAUUUAACCUCUGCCAAAUUAAUACAUUUGGAUUAAAAGGGAAUAUUUUGUCUCUGAGUUAACACAUUCUAAUGCUGCAUUAAAGCUGCCCUGGAGCUGCACUGAAUUUCACUUGCUCUGUCAAACUAUGUUGAUUUUUUUUUCUUACAAUGAAUAUGUGUAUUGUUCCCCAUAUGUAAUGUAGCACAGUGUGGAACCUUAAUUCAAUUCAGGUUUCAAGCACUACAGAUGAAUGCAAUAGGUAGGGUAUACCUGCUUUUUCUGAAGAAACUGUACCAUUGGAAAGUCUUACUCCUUUGUAUUAUAUUGUAUAAUAGGUACUAUAACAAUAAUUGCAUGUCCUCAUGAUAAAUUAUAUAAAUAUUUAUAUAUACAUAUAUGUAUAUGCUUAUAUAAACUCACUCUCAUUUUUCAUUUGUAAUUUAUGGACCACAAAUAAUACAGUUCCCUUUCUGUUAGUUCCUGAAUACUCCUGGCGUUGCAUCUCCUAUCUCCCCCCAAAAAAUUCUGGAAUGCACAAAAUAUAGCCUUUAUACCUUGGUACAAGAUUGAAGGACUGCUGAUUUCUCAACCAGCCGAUGUUUUGUCUUGCAGCUUUCUUUCUUGCUUUAGAAUUGUGAGUACAUUUGCAUAUGAACAAGAACAGAGACUCAGAGGUAUUUUUAUUUUUUAUUACAAAUAGGGCUUAUUGAUUACUUGUUUUUAUUUUAUAACGUGAGUUCUUAAUUGUUAUGAAUGCUCAUGAUAUAGGAGCAGUAACAGUCAAUGAAUACCUAGUAGAUGAAUGUGACAGUAACAAAUUCCAACUUUCUUUCCUGUUUUCCUCAUAUGUUUCAUUAUGGUAUACCAAAAGAAAAAAAAAGUAUAAGAGCAUAUAGUCCCAUUGGUACUAUUUCUGCCUUGGACACUGCUGGAAUUAUUUGUUAAGGUGGUGUGGCACCUUAUAAUUAUUUUUCAUCCUCCCUUUUUUUUUUUUUUUUCAAUUUUAAGGGUCUUUUGAGCUCAUUCCUACAUUAAUAUGGUUGGUCAGUUUUAGUAGAUACCUACUUUAUGCACCCUCUCUUGAAAUGCUGAAGUUGUGGUGUUUGUAUUUUCUCUGCAGUGUAGCAGGAUCCAGAAACAGGUAAUUGUUUUACAGGUGAGAAGGAAUAUAGCACCUAAGGUUUUUUUGUGCUCUCUUCAAAAAUAUAGACUUAUCCAUUGUUGCACUUUACUAUAUAUGGCAGGGGGGUUGGACGAGUUAGUCUUUAAAGGUCCCUUCCAACCCAAAACAUUCUGCAUAAAAUAAAUCAAUGUGGUAGAAAAUCACCUGUACUUGAACUACUUGCCAAUUUAAAAAUAGUAAACUAUGCCAAAAUAGAGAAAGAUAUCAGUCAUGAUUAAUGUCCCAGACUUCUUUCAGUGCAAUAAGAGG